AUGGGUUCACAACCAGAUUACAGCCUCCCCACGCAGGAGAUCUCAUUUUCGGGAUUCCUGUUUGACAUGGAUGGAACCAUUAUCGACUCUACCCCGGCUGUUGUCAAGCACUGGCAUAAUGUCGGUGAAGAAAUUGGCGUUGCUCCCGAGGUCAUCUUGGAGACUUCUCAUGGCCGCCGCAGCAUAGAUAUCUUGAGGAUCCUUGCUCCCGAAAAGGCCAACUGGCAAUAUGUGACAAAGAUGGAAGCUGAGCUGCCUAAGCUGUACGCCGAUGACGUCGUGGAGAUCCCCGGCGCCCGCUCUCUGCUCUCCUCCAUCAUUUCCUAUUCCUUUCCCUGGGCCAUCGUGACGUCCGGCACCCAGCCCCUGGUCAGAGGCUGGCUCAAACGACUGUCCCUCGGCACACCUGAGCAUCUCGUCUCCGCCGAGUCCGUCGAGAACGGCAAACCCGACCCGACAUGCUAUCUCAUCGGCCUGGAGAAGCUCGGGCUGCAAGACAAGGCCGGGGAGGUCCUUGUCCUCGAAGAUAGUCCCGCAGGCAUCAAGGCCGGCAAGGCGGCGGGGUGCAAAGUCCUUGGCUUGGUAACGAGCCACACUGUGGAACAGGUGGUGGCGGCCGAGCCCGACUGGGUGGUGAAGGAUCUCGACAGCGUGAGGGUGGUGAGACAGGAGGACGGCAAGAUGACGCUCGAGCUCUCCAACGCGCUGCGCUUUUGA